AUGGACGACUGUAUCGAGGCAUGCUGUACGGACCGCCUCGGCGUUGCGACGCGUCGGGCGCUAAUUACUCGUCCCGCAGGCUUCAUGUGCUUCUCCAGCACGGACUGGUGUUGCUUCAACCAGCCUUGCGGCCUCCGUGGGUUCAGAAGCCCCGAGUACGACGAGGUCGGGAACGGCCCGCGGGGGGUGCGGGGGAAGGGUAAGGAUGCGGAUGCGGGCGAUCAGAUGAAUAGGCAGCCUGCGCGGGCGCAGGGGAUGUUGGUGGAUCGCAAAGGAGGUCUGGCCGCCGGUGCCCAGCCGCCGGUCGUAGGGCGGACAAGUGACCAGAUAUCGAGACCCUCUGUCGCGUUUGAGUUUAUUUCCUUGGGCCCUACUGUCUCGGUCCCUGGUGCGAUACCGGUGUCAAGGGGCUUACCUGAGGGUACAUGUACCCGUCUCGGUGCGCGUGCGUCUGUGUGA